CCUGACGGGAGCAGGUGGAUGGUGGAGCACUAGUCAGGUAUAGCGCUUAGGCCGUGUCGACGAGUGAGGGUGAGGGGUGGCUAUGAUGGACUUGGAUGGGUAUGGGUUCGGAUGCUUUCGGGCGUCAUGGCGCAGAUCAGGCUCAGAUGAGAUUCUUUGCUGUCCAAAAAUCGCGUCCUGGAGAAGUUGUGUGUGCGACGGUCGCUGACCCGCAGCUGUUGUUGGCUUUGGACUUCCCGUGUUGGCGGGCAGGGAUGGCUCUGCAGCGGUGCGUCGACGUCAGAAGCAUGCACGCCGACGCGACAGCAGCCGCACCCGCCAAAGGCCAUUCACGCAUCCUGCGCUCGCCUUGUCCACGCCCCCGGCAACGAUGAACGUGUAGCUGCACCAUGUAGAGGCAGCCGCCGCACUGUAUCAACAUGGACCCCAACAUCACCAAGGCGCUCAGCGAUAAGCUCUACGACAAGCGCAAAAGCGGCGCCCUCGAGCUCGAGGCCCUCAUCCGCAAUGCACUCCAGGCGCAGGACCACGACAGGAUAGCAAAGAUCGUCCACGAGCUCUGCCACCACUACGCAUACGCUGUCCACCAACCGCACGCCCGCAAUGGAGGCCUCAUUGGUCUGGCUGCGGCUUCGAUAGCAUUGGGGCCAGAAGUAGCCCGCUACCUCGAAGAAAUCGUUCCUCCGGUCCUUGCCUGCUUCUCUGACUCGGAUGCGCGCGUUAGGUACUAUGCAUGCGAGAGCAUGUACAACAUUGCAAAGGUGGCAAAGGGAGAAAUACUUGUAUACUUCAACCAGGUGUUUGAUGCAUUGUGCAAGCUUGCCGCCGACUCAGAGCUAUCAGUCAAGAAUGGAGCUGAACUGCUCGAUCGCCUAGUGAAGGACAUUGUGUCCGAGUCCGCUGCCUCGUACAUAUCUGUUCUGCACCACCCAGAUGAGCCGCUCGGCCACCCAGACGACUCGCCAGAACCUCCCCCUCACCAUCUCGAGACCGCCUUCAACCUCGAACGAUUCUUACCCCUUCUCGAAGAACGCAUAAACGUCAUCAACCCGUUCACACGCUCAUUCUUGGUUGCGUGGGUAACCUUGCUCGAUUCGAUACCCGACUUGGAGCUCAUUGCUCGCCUUCCUCGCUUCCUCGGCGGCCUCUUCAAGUUCCUCAGCGACUCGAACACCGAUGUGUACACCAUGACGCAGGUUGCGCUGGACAGGUUCCUCAACGAGAUCAGGAAGAUUGCAAGAAUUAAGAAAGGCAUCGCAGAGAGCAAAAGAAGCCAGAGCAAGGACGGUCGGAGACUUUCCACGUCAUCAAGCACUCGCAGCGAUGCUGGAGGUGAGAGCGAAACCACAGGAAGUACGCCGCUCGAGCAUCACGUGUCGGUAGAAGACGGCGACAAUGCAAGUGGACACAGUGAGUCGCUAUCUGGCGAUAGUGGGAAGUCUGUGAAUGGCGAUGGCGACUGGAUCCCAGGACAAGAUGUCCACGUCGACCACCCAAAGAUUUUGGCGAUUCUGGUUAGCUUCCUCAGCUCACCAUCAGACGCGGAAGAAGAGCAGACUAGCAUCCUCCUCACGUCUCUGCGCUGGAUUAAGGCGUUCUUCGACAUCUGUCCCGAGGACAUCAUGCCAUUUGUUCCAAGCUUGCUUUCGCACGUGCUGCCACGCAUGUCACACGAUGUCGACGAUGUCCGCAAGGAGGCUCAAGAAGUGAACGCCUCGCUGAUGGAGUACAUCAUGUCCCUAUCUGAAGAUGGUCAGCCAAACGGCAACAUAAGCGACAAGAUUCAACUUCCACCUUCGCUUUCCGAGCUCGGCAAAGAGCUCACAGGCACUCAGCGACGAGACUCGAAUCUAUCGGCCAGACUCCUCAAGGCAGUCAUCCGUGACCAGGCAGCAGAAGGCAAGGCAGGCACGCAGUCUCCGAUACCAGGAGAAGACGGCGGCCCUUUGCCACGUCCAGUACCUGAACUGGACUACCAGGCUUCUGUCAGCGCUCUAACUCUACAGUUUCUCAACGAACACGAAGCCACACGUGUCGCGGCGAUUGCAUGGCUGAUCAUGCUACACAGAAUGGCACCUGGAAGGAUACUGACGGUCGACGACGGGACCUUCCCGGCGCUACUAAAGACACUGUCGGAUCCGUCUGAUGCGGUUGUUACACGCGACCUGCUAUUGCUAUCGCAGAUCUCGAUGCACAGUGACGAUACGUACUUUACGUCUUUCAUGGUUAAUCUCCUGAAGUUGUUCUGUACGGAUCGAAGACUGCUCGAGACACGAGGCAACCUGAUCAUCCGACAGCUGUGCCUGACGCUGAGUGCGGAGAAGAUCUACCGCACAAUGGCAGACUGCAUCGUGAAAGAUGAGGAUGUCGAGUUUGCGAGCAUCAUGGUUCAGAACCUCAACAACAACCUCAUCACAGCACCUGAGCUUGCCGACCUGCGGAGGCGUCUCCGCAACUUGGAAAACAAGGACGGCCAAUCCUUCUUCGUUACGUUGUUCAAAGCUUGGUGCCACAACGCAGUGGCCACCUUCUCGCUCUGCCUACUCGCCCAAGCUUACGAGCAAGCAUACCACCUGCUCCAAAUCUUCGCCGAUCUCGAGAUGACGGUAAACACGCUCAUCCAGAUUGACAAGCUUGUGCAGUUGCUGGAAUCACCAGUGUUUACAUACCUCCGCAUGCAGCUCCUCGAGCCGGAGAAGUACCCUCAACUGUACAGGUGCAUGUACGGGCUUCUCAUGCUCCUGCCGCAAUCGUCGGCGUUUGCGGCUCUGAAGAACAGGCUGAACAGCGUGUCAGCCAUUGGCUACCUGCACAUUGCCCCACGGACGUAUGUACCCCAAUCCAACACGCUGAACCAUUUGAGGCAAAAAAGCUCAGAAGUGGGUACAUGCAGCGCACCGCAGGGACCUUCUGCGUCCGGGUUCGAGCGGCCCAACCGACUCAAAGCGAGAGAAGAAGGCAGCGUCAAGUGGGUGGAGCUCCUCGAUCGGUUCAAAGCAACGCAGGAGAAGGCGCGGCGCACGCAUCAGCACGUAGCCAUGGGCGAAGACGUGCCAGCGGGCCUCGAGACGGUCGAGGAGAAGAUUCCAAAGGGCCCGCCGGCGGUUCCACCGAAGCACGCAGGUCUGCGACCCAACUCGCCAGCGGGAGCGAUGAGGCCGCCCGUGACGACGGCGGCAGGCAGUGCAGCGCAGGGGCACAAGCCGAGAUCUAGCCUGAGCAAUCUUGGACGGUUCGCGGGAGGCGUGGCUGGGCGGAACAGGAAGAAGUGACGAGAUGUAGAAGCCAGGUGUGUUUUUGGCGUCUCGGGUAUCUUCCAGCGUUGCAUACGUCUUGAGCAUAGUCCGGGGUUAGAAUGCAGUCAAUGCAGUCAAUGCAGUCGAUGCAGUCGAUGCAACCAGUGCAACCAAUGCAGUCGAUGCAACCAGUGCAACCAGUGCAGUCAAUGCAGUCAGUGCAACCAAUGCAGUCAAUACAAC